AUGGUGGUGAAUUCAGGGUUAAAUUGCAAGAACUGUGCAAUGGAGUGUGAAGGACAUGUGACAUCGGAAGUAAGGUCGAAGUUGAAACCAAAAUUGGGACUUGAAUUUCAUUGCUGUGACGAUAUGUUCAAUUUGUAUAAUAUGUAUGCUGCGGAAGCCGGGUUCGGCAUUCGGUGUUCUACAACGAGGAUGUGCACAAUGACAGGAGAGGUAACAAGGAAGGAAUAUGUAUUUUGUAAACAAGGGUAUGCGUUGACAAACACUGUUAGUCAUAAGAGAAGGCGGCGAGGUUGUACUCGAACUGGUUGCAAGGCUAAACUUGCGAUAUUGAAGAUGAAAGACAAGAAUAAGUACAUUGUUGUAGGAUUCAAUGAGGUACACAACCAUGACAUGACCACAGUUGAUAAAGUCCAUCUAUUGAGAUCUCACCGUAACUUAACAGAGUCUACAAAGGCCUAUAGUGCAGAUAUGAGCAAAGUUAAUAUUCCGAGAGAUGUCUAUAAUUAUCUAAGGGACGUGCGUGGAGAGGUGAUUGGCCAUGAUGCAGAGCUGCUUAAGGAGCAUUUUAUGGCUAUGCAAGAAAAGAAUGAAUCCUUUUAUUUCAAGAUGGAGGUAGAUUCGGAAGGAAGGAUGUGUAAUAUUUUAUGGUCAGAUGCAAGGUCAAGACGAGCUUAUGGGUUUUUUUGUGGAGAUGUGGUGGUAUUUGAUACGACGUUCAACACGAACAGCUAUGGGAUGGUCUUUGCACCUUUGUUAGGCAUUAAUAACCAUCAGCAAACAGUGUUGUUUGAUUGUGCAUUUCUAACUAGUGAAACCACAGAUUCAUUUGUAUGGUUAUUAGAGGAAUUCAAGAAAGCCAUGCCGGGUGAGCCACCCAAAAUGAUCAUCACUGAUCAAGAUGCAGCCAUGUCAAAGGCAAUUGCUAGAAACCCGACAUUGGAGAAUGUUUUUUCGGAAAUGAACAAAUGCAUAUGGGGUAUGGACAAGAAAGAAGAAUUUGAUGCGAAAUGGGAGGAAAUCAUCACAAACAAUGGGCUGCAAGACCAUGCAUGGCUGAGCUCAAUUCAUGCUAUGCGGGAGAAUUGGGUUCCAUCAUAUGUAAAACAUGUGUUUUCGGCUGGGAUGUCAAGUAAUCAACGGGCCGAAAGCUGUCAUUCAUUUUUCAAACAAUAUAUAAACCGCAAAAAUACAUCAAUGGAAUUCAUUGUACGUUUUGAGAAAGCUCUUGCUUCACAAAGACGCAAGGAGUUAAUGGCUGAUCAUGAAAUUCUGGAAAUGUUUGAGAGGGAAGACUUCAGAAGUCUUUUAUGCUUGUUCGAACUUGUAGACGAAGAUGAGACGCACUGCAGAUACAAAGUGAGUGAGCGGGUAAAUCCAGGGGUGACACGGAUGAAGGAGCUUGUGCAUGAUAAAGAUGCCGAUAAAGCUUAUUGCAGCUGCAAAGGUUUUGAAUUUUGGGGUAUUCUGUGCCGACACAUCCUAGCAUUCUUAAGAAUGAAGCAGGUUGAGCACUUACCAGACAAGUACAUAUUGAAACAAUGGCUUCAAAGUGCGAAAAGCGGUGUAAUAUAUGAUAAAAAUCACAAAGAAGUUAACGAUUGCGUUGAUGGUUUUGAGUUGCUGGAAAAAUCUUUUGAGGACAUUCGUGGGAAGCUUACAACGUUGGUGUCAUCAAGAGCUCAUGUCGAAGAACCCAAUGGAGAUGUCGGAAUUAGUUAUCCCCAACUCAGAAUCAAAGAUCCACAUCGAGUGAAAGUAAAAGGGCGUGCGAAAAGAGUUAAAGGAGAAAAAAAGAAGGCAGCGCAACGACAUAAACGUCGGUGCACUGAAUGUAGGAAGACUGAUCAUGAUAGACGGAGUUGUCCAAAACUUGCGAGCCUCUCUUCAUCUUCUGACACAGAACUUGGUGGUCCAGUUUGUGAGAAUUUGCAGCCCACUCAGAGCACGCAGGACAGUGAACCUACUAUGACAGAGUCAUUUAUGCAAGAGUUUGAUUUCAUGUAUGGUCCCGUUGAUGUCCCAGAUGUCCUCUGGGGUUUGGGAUUUUUAGAACCUGAAGCCUUCUUUGAAGGAGAACGAGUUUGGGGGAAUCAUGCAAGGGGUUUUCUACACAAAUUUGCAAUGGUUGCAAUGAAUUUGAAAAGAUCGAAGGGAAUCUUGAAACCAUGA